GCAGCCGCGGCGGAGCGGAGCCGCAGGGCGGGCGAUCAUAAAACAUUUGCAAUGGCAAUGCUCUGGAAAUUCAUGAGAGUAGCGAAGUAUUCUAAAACAGCUUUAUCAUCAAAAGUAAAAGUAAGAGGAAUUCCCACCCAUUCAAGGCAUUCUUCAUCCAAGUCUGUACCUUCAGAUUUUGCUGCAAGUUCACCCUGCUCAAAUACUGUGGAACUGCUUGGUAAAUCUUAUCCUCAAGAUGACUACAGCAAUGUCACAGACAAGAUUCUUUCCAAGGUGGGGAAGAACUUGCACAACAGAAAACAUCACCCUUUGUGGCUAAUCAAGGAGCAGGUGAAGGAGCACUUCUACAAACAUUACCUAGGACGCCGCGGGACUCCACUCUUUUCUGUGUAUGAUGGUCUUUCUCCGGUGGUUACAGUCCAGCAGAAUUUUGAUAGUUUACUUAUCCCACCAAACCAUGCCAGCAGAAGGAAAGAGGAUAACUAUUACUUGAAUCGAGACCACAUGCUAAGAGCACAUACAUCAGCUCAUCAGUGGGACUUGAUACGCUCUGGCCUAGAUGCUUUUCUGGCAGUGGGAGAUGUCUACCGCCGAGACACGAUUGACAACACCCACUACCCCGUCUUCCAUCAGAUGGAGGGAGUGCGCCUCUUCUCCUGCCAUGAGUUGUUCUCCAGCAUUAAAGAUGGUGAAGGUUUACAGCUGUUUGAGCAAGGCCAUCGCACUGCACACAAGCAGGAGUGUCACACCAUGGAGGCAGUGAGGCUGGUGGAGUUCAACCUGAAGCAAGUGCUCACAAAGCUCAUGACUCACAUCUUUGGUGAUGGACUGCAAGUCAGAUGGGUAGAUUGCUACUUCCCAUUUACUCACCCUUCCUUUGAGAUGGAGAUCAACUUCCAAGGAGAAUGGAUGGAGGUCCUGGGCUGUGGGGUCAUGGAGCAGCAGCUUGUUAACUCAGCUGGUGCUCAGGAUAAAAUUGGCUGGGCAUUUGGCUUGGGUUUGGAGAGGCUGGCCAUGAUCCUGUACGAUAUCCCUGACAUCCGACUGUUCUGGAGUGAAGAUGAACGCUUCUUGAAACAAUUUAUUGGGCCUCACAUUUGGCAAAAAAUAAAGUUCCAGCCACUCAGCCGAUAUCCACCUUUGAUCAAUGACAUCUCCUUCUGGCUGCCUUCUGAGACGUACUCUCAGAAUGAUUUCUAUGAUUUGGUUCGAACCAUUGGUGGAGACUUGAUAGAAAAGGUUGUCCUACUGGAUGAAUUUGUCCAUCCAAAGGGGCUGAAGUUUAAGGCACACUGAUGUUUGAGCUUCUACGUUCUGAAAAUGUGUGGCCACUCUCUGAGCAUGUGAAGAAGCUCAUCUGAGCUGCAGCUGAGUAUAAUAUCUUCUAUUGGCUCUCACAAUUCCUAGCAGUGCUAAGAUAAGUCCAUUUUGGGAUGCUUCUUUGCACUGUUUUUUAAGAUGAGAGUGUACUCCCUCCUUGCUGAGAAUGUUUUUGUAUAUUUUAGGGUUUUUUUCUCAGCAUUAGCCUUUGCCUGUUUGUCUGCCUAUUCCCCUCCCCUUCCUCUCCCCCCAGUUUUCAUUUUCAAUUAUUUUUGUUUAUGUUGAACUUCUGCCUGCUCAGCUGCAGCAGAGCUCAGUUUUGGCAGCCCGCCUUGUGGUGUGCAAUCCUACAACUUCUGCUGCUGAGCAGCAUGUUGGAAAUCACUUUGAAAUAAAUCCAUGUUGGACCGAAAGCAGCAUCUUUGUUGUUACCCCCUCAGAGUAAUUUGGUGCUAUAAUUGGAAUUCUCAUUUGAAGUAAAUAAACAUGAUGUCAGAUCUAUAGACAGAUCUGGAUGCAGAGUCAGUGAGAGAAGGAUGUGUGCAUACAGCCCUCUCUGGAAGAGAGACGUAUUUGCAAAGCAUGCAUGGCACUUCUGAUGCCUUGGGGCAAGUUAGUGCUGGCGGGUAGCCCCAGAUCCCCAUUGGGCCACCUUGAGGUCUGUCAAAGGAAAUGUUUGCUUCACUCCUGCCCUUGACAUGAAUGUGGCCCUAAGCCUCAUGUUGUUUC